AUGGUCCUCCUCGAGCUCCCCUCCGCGGGGAAACUCAUUGACCACCUCAUCGCCAACCGCAUCACAGAACUCAACAAAGACCCCUACAGCACACAGAGUGAUCGCCCCUUCUUCAUGGCCGACACAGGGCCAGUCUUGAAGCUUUACAACCGUUGGCAACGCGCUCUACCGAAUAUAGCGCCUUUUUACGCUGUGAAAUGCAACUCGGAUGCGCGCUUCCUGCGGUUUCUCGCCGACCUGGGCCUGGGAUUUGACUGCGCCUCUCAGACGGAGAUCGAGCUCGUCCUGUCCCUGGGCGUGGACCCCUCCCGCAUCAUCUUCGCGCAUCCAUGCAAGUCCAUCUCCGCCAUCCGCGUGGCCGCUGCUCGGGGCAUCUCCCUCACCACAUUCGACAAUAUGGACGAGCUUGAUAAGAUGAAGGCUCACGCUCCAAAUAUGCACCUGUUGCUCCGGAUCUACGCGCAGGAUGACACCGCCGCUGCGCAGCUGGGCAAUAAGUUCGGCGCGCCGCUGGCAUCGGCCGAGCCCCUGCUGCGACGGGCAAAGGAGUUGGGUCUUUGUGUGAGGGGGGUUAGCUUUCAUGUUGGCUCCGGCGCCCGCAACCCGGCAGCAUUCACAACAGCCGUCCACCAAGCCCGACACGUCUUCGAUCUCGCAACCCACCUCGGCCUACCACCCAUGGACAUCCUUGAUGUAGGCGGCGGCUUUCAAGAGACCAACUUCGAAGAGAUGGCCGGCCCCCUCGCGCGUGCGAUCGACGGAGCCUUCCCCGACUCGUCCGCCGUGCGCGUCAUCGCCGAACCGGGUCGCUACUUCGCUCGCACCCUCUACACAAUGGCCUGCAAGGUGAUCUCGCGGCGGCGGCAGCUGCAGCCGUUGCUCGACGAGUCUCAGCCGUACCCAUCCCUUACCCCCGACAUGCUAUAUCUGAAUGACGGGGUGUACGGGAGUUUCAUGUUGGCUUUGCUGGAGAAUGAAGUCUUCGUACCUGACCCAGUCCCCAUGAGAGGUGAGGAGAACGGAAGUCUGGAGCAGCGCGCGACGGGGCUGCAUCCGUACUCGAUCUGGGGGCCCACGUGCGAUGGGAUCGACUGUGUGGCGAAGGAGGUGGUGAUGGAGGGGGAGGUCAAGGUCGGGGAUUGGUUGGUUUUUCGGGAGAUGGGUGCGUACAGUGUGGUGAGCGCGACACAGUUCAACGGCUUCUCUAAUGACUAUGAGGUAAUAUACGCGAGCGACUAUCUCGCUUCUGUGGGAGGGCUGGGAAUGACUGCCGCUGCUGAUGCUCCAGGAAAGGUUUGGAAGUAUCUGGAGUGGUUCUUGCCUGGAUCUAUACGCGGAUUGUGGAAGCUGAAGGCCUGA